AAAAUAGACUGGCGCUUCUGAACUCAGCUUUUAAUAACUUGCUGGUGAUGCGGUCACAUGAGUCGAUGUUUAAUAGGUGAGACGUUGGAAAAAAAGACUUCGGAGUGCUGUAGCAUAAAUCAGCCCAUAGAGGACACACCUACCCUGUUCUGAUGGUCCACCAAUCAUCCACGUCCAGUCUAGUCGACACACAUGCAGCCACAGUACGGAGUGUGUCGGACGCGAGAGAGCUGACCUGCUUAGAGCGCAGCGCGGUGACAGAGGAGUAAAAAAAAUAAAUAAAAAAACCCAGUGCAAAUAGAUAAUGUUUUGUGGGACGAGUAUCUCUCAGCGCGGUUUUUUUUUUCACUGAACGUCAUCCUGGUCCAUGGGUUCAAGUAGCACACAGAAGUAGCCUAUAAGUUUCCAAUGGACAGAUACUUGGAAACGGCUGGCGCAACAAGCAUGGGAUUAUAUUUGUAAUGUGGAUUGCUAUCCCCGUGCAAGAAAAUAAAGGUCUGCUGAGGAACAAUGUGAGACGUUUUGCGUCUUGGAUUCUCGUGUUUCUGGAUAUCUUGAAAAUCAUUGGCAAUAGUUGAGAAGGCAGAAGUUAUGCGCAAAGGAUUGUAUGCUCCGACCCCGGGACCAACAUGGAUUUGCCAUUACAACCCCCUGUCCCUUAUUUAGACAAAUUUUAGCCGGUCCACUUGUGUUGUUGUUGUUGUACUUGUAAACUUCAUGUUUGGAUUUUAAAACGUCGCCUGCCUUUGGAUUGGAUUUCCAACACCAUGAACUUUAUUGACAGUUUGACACUAUUAUUUUUGACGCUGUCAGCUGUCAAGAGCGCCCACAUACCGAAGGCCACAGAAAGAGGUCCACAUGACGUGAUCCCUUUAAUGGAGGUGUACAACAAGAGUUUGUGUCAGCCUCGGGAGUUGCUGGUGGAGAUUCUGCAGGAGUAUCCGGAGGAGGUGGAGCACAUCUUCAUCCCGUCCUGCGUGGUGUUGACGCGUUGCGCCGGUUGCUGCAACGAUGAGAUGCUGCAGUGCAUGCCAACAUCCAGCUAUAAUAUUACAAUGGAGAUUAAAAGAAUAAAACCCCAAAGGCAACAAAAUGAUAUUUUCAUGAGUUUUACAGAACACAGCGCAUGUGAGUGUAGGUUAAAGAAAGAAAUGAAAGAACAGAAAGAAAAAAAAUCCCGGAAAGGCAAGGGUAAAGGCCAAAAGAGAAAACGAAAGAAAAACUGUGACAAAACAAUUCACGAUGCUGUUUGUGAGCCAUGUUGUGAUCAUUGCUCAGAGAGGAGGAAGCGCUUGUUCGUGCAGGAUCCUGCAACCUGCCGGUGCUCCUGCAAACACACCGACGAAUACUGUAAAGAACGCCAGCUAGAACUCAACGAGAGGACCUGCAAAUGUGACAAGCCAAGGAGAUGAAACAGGUGGCAGCACCAGAUGUACAAGAUGAAGGAAUAUUUUAGAGAUAUUUCACAGCACAGCACUUUGACCUUUGAACCGUAAGCUUGUCUUUUCUAUGGAAAGCAUUCCCCUUGAGAGAGAACACUAUGAAAGACUGAACUGAAGUUUCCUCCCACUUUAUAUCUGUGUGUAUAUAGACCAUGAUAAAAAAUAAAAAAAAGAGUACAGAAUUGUUAUGCUGCUACAGAAACAAAUAACUAAACCCAUCAUUAGACAAAAAGCAAAUAGCCGCCAUGUGGUUUAGCAUUUCUAACAGGCUUGCGAUGCAGGUGUAGUCUUGUUGUCAAUUCAUUGUAUGCAAUUACUUCACUGGAUAUGAGUCUCUACUGUGGUUUUGUGUCAAUCAUAAAAUUGCAAUCCUCUCAAUCUAAGAUAUAUUUAAUUGCUAAAAUAGCGGGCAAGGCUGAAGAGGAUAUGGAAGUACAUUCUCCUUUCAAAAAUGAUGGAUGGAUUAUCAUUGGUCGAUGUCUACUUUUGCUUUUGGAGUAUAACAGCAGGACAACUGGGACAUCUGAAUCUGUCUCUAUGUAUUUGUUCCUGUACGGAAAUGCAGGACUGACGUGGAUCAGCUUGAUGGAGAAGAGACUGAUAAUGUCAUAUGUUAUUUUAAAGGGAUACUGGUUGUCAAUAUAGUUUUGCUAUGUCCUACAUGAAAACCACUGAAAACAUCAUAUACUGUAGUUUGAUUCCAUUUGAAAAACUGUGCCUCACAAAAUGUACUGAGAAAUCUUUCGAGUGCUUUUUAAAUUAUUUUGUGUUUCCUUUUUUCAGGACAGAGUAUGGUCAAAGUGGUUUGUUUAGUGGUGGUUUAACUGAAUACAGAAUCUAUUGAUUACAUAUCUUCUUCACUGAACGUGUACAUACUUAAUAUCCCUUUAUGCCAUAGUCCAUUCUAGAUAAUUUAUAAUGUUAGAGUAUUUUUCAGUAUUCAGUCUUCUACCCAUAUUUAAUUUGGUCUAUUUAUAUAUGCAGUGUUAUGUACCUGUGGCAGUCCUAUCUCCCCUUCGUGUGUGACUGAUGGCUACUCUCAGCAUGGAAACUCUAUGCUUUUCUACGAAACAAACAAAAAGCAACAACAAAAAAUCAGAAUAUUUGUUAACAUUCCCUAAAUGGAUCAUUUAUACUGGUGUACUCAUGACAUCUCUGGAUUUUUCAACCCCUCUUAUCUAAGGGUGUGGGUACUGUGUAGGAUUUUUAACAUGUGUGUAUCUGUGUGUUUGUGUUUGUGUGUGUGUGUGUGUGUGUGUGUGUGUGUGUGUGUGUGUGUGUGUG